AACAGCUCUCUAAUGUAUUAGCUAACAUCUACAUUCACAAUCACGUGAUUGAAUCUACAAGAUGAUGUUUGAAUGGCUUUACCUGGGGACGAUAUUCAGCUUGUAUAUAGGAGUAGAUUCCGGCAGCUGCCCCAGUUAUUGCCUUCACGACUCUACGUGUACGCAACUAUCCAUCGACAAUGCCAGGUGUGAUUGUACCAUAGGAUUCACUGGUGCCAGGUGUCGAAAGAACGGCAUGACUGCGUUGAGAUUGGAAAUUGAUGCUUUGAGCAGUGUGUCUGCCACAGAAGCUAAAGCGUAUACAGAAAAAGUCCAGUCCAUCAUACAGGAUCAUAUGCUACACGAAUUCGAGCUGGGGAUAUCAAUGAAAGAGAUGAACACCAUAUUACGAUUAAUCGCACAUAAGAUGGAAACAAAGAAAAUGUCUGAGGGUGGCAACGACGUAGAUUUGUAUCCUUUAACAGAAGAUUAUGUAAGUGUCCUGACAUACAUCAUUACGAUUCUGAAUACUAAGGGAUGCGCGGUGCACCAGACUGUAAAUUGUACUCUAAAUGAGACAGAGUAUGCUUCAAUCCUUGAUAAUGCAGAAGAAAACAUCUACAAAAUUACAAAUGUUUUACUGAGUGUGAAAUCGAAGGAUAAAGAUGGACAACAAAUAACUAUCGACAAAGCGGAUUUUGUAUCAUUGACUGUUCUUAAAUCGAAAGGAAAAGACUUACCUUUUGAAUUUCCCAGCACUUAUGGAUCGGUUAUCUUACCGUACUGGGAAACAUUCCAGGAUACGAUUGGUGGAAAGGAGAUUUGUGUAAAUAUUCUAUCAUACGUUAGGAGUCCCUACGGCUAUGUGAAUAACACAAAAACAGUUGACUCUGGAAUACUGAAAGUGGUCAUCACUGACAAAAAUGGAGACAAAACCAACUUAAAUGACCUUGAUGACCCGGUGGAUAUGACGAUUGAUAUGUCAAAGAUUUUUUCUGCAACGACCACUUGGGAAGACAUGGAGAAGCUCGAGGACGGAAGAUCUUUAGUGGUCGCAUACAUAAACACAACCUACGAGGCUUAUGUCGUAGAAUUUGAUAUCCAAUCCCAGUUAAAGUGUGUAGUAUAUGGGAUCUUUGGAAAAUCAAGGUAUCCCACGGCAAUUAAACAUAACAUUGCCGUCAAAACAAAAGGAUUUAAUCAGAUCAUCAGUAAAAAACCGAAAGAUCUCCCAAUCACGUUUCAGAACCAGAAGUUACAGAUAACCAUCUACAACACCAAACUGGACGUGGGUGGAAUCAUGGACCCCCUUGUACUGACUCUGAGCUGUGAGGAUGAUAUAGCAAGAAGAAAGAAACGGCAGCUGACGUCUGUUCAUCAAGCACGAAUUCAAGAGAUUGCUGUUUAUUCGCUUAAUGGUGUUAUAUGGGAGAAACCGUCUUACACCCAGUUAAACAAAGCGGAUGGGAAUUUUGUCAAAUUCAAGAGUACCUUCUUCAGUACAUUUGCAUCUAACAGUCUGUUUUUGCCUCCGUCUAUGAUUGAUUUCGAUUCGCUGUUUGCCAACUUCCUGGACAGACUGUCAUCAACUCCGCACGUUUUAGCUACCUUUGUGGUAUUGUUUGGCCUCAUAGCAAUAUUCACUGUGUUUCUGAGAAGAAAGGAUCAGAACGAUUCAUUUUCAUGGGAGUUCCUGCACUUAAUCGACAAUAAAACAGGAGACGGACAGCGAUAUUGCAUCUCUGUGUUCACAGGGAUACGAUCAUCCCGAUACAUUACCUCAAUGCCGUACUUUAAACUGGACGGAGAGUUGAACACGACGGGAGAUCGAAUAUUACAUGACGGAAGGAGGGAAAACUUUGGAAGUGGAACUUGUAAUAAUUUCAUUUUGGCGACAAAAUACUACCUCGGUCCUUUGACAAAAUUAACGCUGUGGAUUGACAACAAAGGAAAUUCUCCUGACUGGAUGGUGUCUAAAGUCCUUGUCGUAGACCUGAAAACGGACGAGAAGUACGUUUUUCUAUGUGGUGAUUGGUUGUCUGAGAGAUAUGGAAAAUGUGAAACAUGGUCAGUCAUGGAACCACUCACCACUGACCUUCUUAACUCAGAGACAAUAUUUACUGAUGCAAGCCGAAGAGGAUUCUUUGAUACCCAUCUCUGGUUUUCGAUUUUAAAACGGCCGAAUUUUAGUAGAUUUACACGAGUUCAACGUUUGUGGAGCGUGGUCGCCUUGCUUUUUCUGUCUAUGAUAGCAUCCGCUAUGUGGUAUAAUCAAGAGCCGUCGGAAGAUACGAUGACUGACGAAGAGAUUGAAGCAAACAGCAUACAGUCCGUAAAACUAGGUCCAUUUUCUUUAAAUUACAGGCAGCUUUAUGUCGGUCUUAUGUCAUCAGUUAUUACAUUUUUACCGUCUCUUGUAAUCAUCACCAUUUUCAAAAAACGACAAUUAAAGGGAGAACGAUUUCAACAGUACAUUGAAGAAAAUGAAAAAGAAAGAGAAGACAAAAAGAACCCUCGUGUGUUGCCUUGGUGGAGUGUUUUCUUUGCUUAUGGUCUGAUAAUUCUUUGCAUUUUGGUACCCGGAACAUUUACUUUUCUGUAUUCAUUGGAAUUUGGACCAGACAAAACGAACGACUGGAUGUGUUCUUUUGUGUUUGGAACAGUAUUAGGAGUCGCUGUACUCGAGCCUAUCAAGGUACUCUUGCUGGCUAUUGUCAUCGGUUGCUGUCUUUCAAAAUCAACGGAGAGACUCUCAGACCUUGGGGACCAUUACAGGCGAAAAAAUGAGGAUGAAAGCAUGAUCAAUACAACAGUCAUCUACUGCCCAUGUCCGAGUGUCAACGACCAUAAAGAGGACUAUCGGAGGAAAAAGAAGUUCUUCAAACUAGACAAUGAGCUUAUGUCCAAUUUCAAAUUUUGGAUUUCCUGCAUUGCUUACACGUUUGUUCUAGCUAUGAUUUGCUCUCAUAAUAUAACAACGAAGGCUUUCUGGCAAAACCAAGCAGUGAAAUCAACUAUAUACGAUACAUUUAAGCCCAAUUCUACAGAAGAUAUUUGGACAUGGAUCGAAACCUAUUAUAUACCUGCAAUAUGGGCUAAACGGCACAGCAAUCAGCAACUCAGAACAGCAUAUGAACAGAGAUUUACGUAUGAUGGCUAUGGUUACCGGAUGUCUCUGGUACAAAUUCGACAAGUUCGCUCAGGUGGCAGUUGUAGCGGACCAGACGCCAUUAAGGAUACCGUGACGCAAUGUACAAAUGCAUAUGAUGUGGAAACAGAAUCCACCAAUAAUUUUUGUCCUGGCUGGAUACCAUAUAAUAUCUCUUGUUUUGAUGAAAAUGAGGUGACUGAUUACAGUUUUCUUUACAAACCCUCCUCUGAAUCAAAAGGAUCCACUUACCAAGGAGAAUACGGCGUUUAUGGCGGCGGAGGAUACAUGAUGCAAUUAGGACCAAAACAAUCAUUGACUCUAUCAUUUGUUACAACACUAAGAAAUGUAUCAUGGAUUGACGGAGACACCCGAGCCAUAUUCCUCGAAUCCAACACAUUCAAUGCCAACAGCAGACUUUUCAGUCAUCUGAAAGUAGUAAUUGAGAUAUCUCAGUUUGGAGCAAUUUCAAUGACAGUCUCCUGCAGAUCGUCCAAUCUCUAUCCGUACGUUUAUUCUCUAGAUUAUAUUAUUUUGUGUCUCCAGCUGGUGUUUGUGGUCGUAGUAGUGAUAAAGAUGAUUCGAUUUGGAAUGGGAAUCUUCAAACUUAAGAGCAAAUGCUGUACAACAUUUGGAAUGUGGGUGACACUGACUGAAAUAAUUCUGUCCUUACUGUCGAUCAUCGCUUUUAUCUUACGUAUUGAUAAAACAAUCAAAGCAGUCGAUGAAAUCAACUCUGGCGAGGGUGAUUUUGUGUCGUUUGAAGAUGUGGAGAAGUUUGAUUACAUGUACAGACUUUGCAUAGCAGGGGUUUUCUUCAUAAUCAUCCUACGCCUUCUAAAGCCUCUGUCAUUCAACUACCAUCUCUAUAUUUUACAGAAUUCCCUAAACAGAUGUAGAGGAGAACUACUGUCUUACAUUAUUAUUCUUACUAUAGCCAAUAUGGCUUUUGCCUCAUAUCUUUAUCUCACAGUUGGCAAACUUGUGGAAGAUUUUAAAGACUUAUUGACAUCAAUGAAAACCCUCUUACAAAUGCUUUUAUCUAUGGUUUCAUUUCGGUUUAAUGUGCAGAUGUCUUCAAUUCAUGCACAAAUCAUUGUCACUGUGUUUGCCUUCACAAUUUCAAUGAUCGGCAUCAACAUUUUCAUUGGGAUUUUAACGUGGAAUUUCUAUUAUGUGAAAGUCCAUGGUUCUUGCGAUGAGAAAGAUGAAACAAAACAAUUUAACCAUGAGCUCAACCUACAUUUUUGGCGAAGACUAGAGGAGCUUCUUCGAAGAGUAAUUCCCUCUUUCAAGAAAAAAGAAGAUCAUUUGUGCUUAAGUAAACGAUUAGAAAAGGUUUACAACCGCUAUGAUGCAAUAGCAAGAGAUGAAGUCCAGUGGUUUGUUAUGGCGUCUACAGUAUUACUUGCUGGCAAAAGGAGAUCAGCACCAGCCUCUCUCAGUUGUUGCAAAUCAAAGAAUAAUGGAGGGACAUUGUACAGAUACUACGAAAUGAAUACUCAGAAAACCCAUCUCCUCCUCCAUUUGCCAUUUGUAAAACUUGAGGACGCCCCAGAUAUCAAUUGCUAUCUAAUCUCGAUGAAUAGCAAAUCUGUGAAUAGAUUGAAUAUUCCAUUUAAGGAGUUUGCAAAGUCGUCGCUGUAUGAAUUUAUUCCACAAGACAAUGUAACACCAGUCAAGUUUGGAGCAAAACUAACCUACCGAUGCUGCAGUGUGCACCCUGAGGACAUUAUAGCGGUUAAACAUAACAGCAAGACUUGGGAGUACAGAAUACCAAGAGAGUUUGAUAGUCUGAAGCUUUUUUCUUGCAAUCUGGAUGCACUACCAACACAAACAUUUGUCAUCCAGAGACAAGAGUACCAAAAAAUCGACAUUUGGGAUCUUGACAGGUAUCCGGAUAUCGAGAGACACCGUCUGCUGAUCACAGGCCGAUGUAUACAGCUCAAGUCAGAUCCCCGAAUUACUAUUGCCAUUCCAGCUAAUUCAUCAGACAAACAUGGGGACUUUGUCACUUUAGUUGAGAGACCAUUUGGACUGUUGUGUCCAAUUCUUCAGCUAUACUCGACUAGGGCUGUGUCGGGACCAGUCGAUGUUUGUCUACCUAUAUUCCAUGACCAAAGCAAUGGACCUAACUGUGAAUUAUGGGUUAUGAUUCGCGAAAGUAAUGGUUUUUGGGGGAAAGCCAAAUGUCGCCUAGAGCCAUCUUACAACCAAAUGAAAGUGCGCCUUUCAGAAAUUAAAAUGAAGACUCCUACAGCAAUCUGUAUCAAAGAAGUCUCCUUACCAUGGAAACCAGACCCAAAAUCAGGACAAGAGAUAAAAUUUGCCAAGGAAAUAAGCGACAUUAGUAAAAAGCGGGGUGUACAAUUGAAUUGGAGAACCCUUGCCCAGAAAUGCUCCGUUCCUAUCACCUCCAGAUUUGAAUACCAAAAAAGUGGUUCUAUAUCCAUCCACAACAGAGUUUAUGCUUUCACUAUGGACAAGUGCGUGUUGAAGAGGAUAACGUCUCCUCCAAUGGGCGAUGAAGAAAAAUGUUUGAUCAUCCUUUCUCUCUGGCUAAAGAAUUUGCCCACAACUCACCAUGUGACGUCGUUGAUUCCUCUGUUAAAAAAUAAUGUCAACUAUCUGACAGCAUGGACCCAAAAUAACAAAUUUGAGACGUGGACCCAGACUCUGGAUCCGAUCUAAUCACCAUCUUGAACAUGUGAAAAAGAAAUCGAACAUGUGAAAAAGAAAUCGAAUAUGCCAUGUUAAGUUGAAUUCGGAGAGAUGACAUUAAAUUGUGUGGAAUUAAGAUAAUGAAUAUGGUAGCCGUAUGUACAAUGUAGCAUUACUUGUGUUUAAUUUAGUUGUUUUUUUCUGGUGGACUUUCUCUUGAAACAAUUAAGAGAUCUAACAGGGAAUAUUAUUCCUUGCCUCUCCUCCAGUAUGAUAAAAUUAUUCAACUUGCUCUCAAAACGAAGAAUUUAUACAUUUCUCUAGAUGUAGUUUGAACUAAAACUAUGUUUGUGUAAUUUUUCUUCAUCAGUUCAAUCAUCAGCCUGCUUUACAAUGACAUUUUAUUGUGAAGGGAUGGGAUCAUUUUAAUUCAAAAGCAUUCAAUUUGUUAAAUUGUGCAUGUAACGACGAGGCAACUUCAGUAAGGAAUUUUCAUCCGCAGGAAUUUUUACCGGAACAAUCGAGUAUCUGAAUCCAUAAGUUUGGUCUCCGUUCGGUGUCGCUUUAAUCGGAAAAGAUCAGAAAAAUUUAUAGAUUCUGAGCUUCGAACAAAGUUAGAAACAUUUCUCGAAGCAUGCAUAGAAAUGCAAACUGUACACACUUUAAAGUGAAUCUUUUGUUGAAGUUUACAACUGAAGAUUAAUGCUGCUGCAUGUGCAGCGCGGUACAGAGACAUGGUGAAUAAAAGCGAUUGAUUAAACAAUCACAACUGGGAAGCAGAAACGCAGCCUCGAAUGGACAACGAUAACCUUCAUUUUAUUUAUUAAAUUAAAUACAACUAU